CUAAUCUUAUGGAAAGAUGAACAACCGUGUUGCCCAAACAGUGGAGUGCCACCCCAGCCUGCAUAGCCUACCUCCCCAUGCCUGUAAUCUCUACUUCCCCACGUAAUCUUUAUCCUACUCCAUGUAAGCAGCUGGCUUAUGGUGGGGUGCAGAGCAGAUUUUCAUGGAUGACCUGCUGCUCUCCCAUACUGCCAGCAGUAUUGGAAUGAAUGCUCACGUAUGAUUCAAUCCUGUGUCUGCUGAAUUGGCUCAAGUAGUGACAGGCAGCCCGGACCCAUUGAAAGAGCCCCUUACCCUGGGCUUGAAGCCUACUGAUUGGGUCCCAGCCUCUCCUCUUUUCCAGCCUCACCACCCACCACCCCCUUGCAUAGCCUAUUCCCCUGGUUUUGUACCAGGUCUUCCCUGGCCUUCCUCAUGCCUGCCUUCUCUAGGUGGGUUUUUGUUUCCAAGUCCAGGGCCUGGCCCACAGGGCACUUAGGAAAUGUUCCUCGCUGCUGUGUUUCAUCCUUCUCGUCCUCCAACACUCUGUGCCUUGGGAGAGACCCUUACUUCAUUCCUCCUGACAGCCUGGUCUGUCUUGUGCUUUUCUGCCCUUCCUGCUAGGUUGUAAGUUCUUGUAGGGCAGGGGCAGUGCUCUCCUCAGCUCACUGCACCCACAGUGAAGGAGCGGACAGGGCCUGGGCCAUUUGUCCAGCUUCGUCUGCAGCUAUGCCUCAUCGUAAAGGGAGGAAGUGCAACCUUGCCCACCACAUUAUUGCUCCAAGUCAGGGGGAAGUGGGGAGAACCCUCAGUCUCGCAUCUCUUCCCCAAGGCCGGUCAGCACGGGACCCCAGUGGAAUUAUCUGGGCAUCCACUGCCCAGGAAAUUCCUGCAGGCCCUGGCCCUAUGUGUCUGUUCUGUUUCCAGGCACAGGAGCAGGAUGUGAGUAGAAUCAUCCAAGCCCUAAAUGAGUGCCUUGCUGCUCUUCCCCGGCAGCUGCUCCGCAAAGUCGGUGGCAUCGGAGUGUCAGGACAGAUGCAUGGAGUCCUGUUUUGGAAAACAGGCCAAGGCUGUGAAUGGACAGAGGGAGGGGCCGCCCCUGCCUUCACACCCAGAGCUGUGAGCCACCUGGUCACGUGGCAGGAUGGCCGAUGUGGCAGUGAGUUCCUGGCUUCUCUGCCCCGGCCAGAGUCCCAUCUCAGUGUGGCCACGGGGUUUGGCUGUGCAACCAUCUUCUGGCUUUUGAAAAAUAGCCCUGAGUUCCUGAAGUCCUACGACGCAGCUGGCACCAUCCAUGACUAUGUGGUUGCCAUGCUGUGUGGCUUGCCAAGACCCCUGAUGUCUGACCAGAAUGCUGCCAGCUGGGGAUAUUUCAACACCCAGAGCCAAAGCUGGAACGUGGAGAUACUGAGGGCCUCCGGCUUUCCCGUGCACCUGCUCCCUGACAUCGCCGAGCCCGCCAGCGUGGCAGGCAGAACGGCCCAUGCGUGGUUUGAAAUCCCGAAGGGCACCCGGGUGGGCGUGGCCCUGGGUGACUUACAGGCCUCCGUCUAUUCCUGUAUGGCCCAGAGGACAGAUGCAGUUCUCAACAUCAGCACUUCGGUUCAGUUGGCAGCCUCCAUGCCGUCAGGGUUCCAGCCAGCGCCGACUCCAGACCCUGCAGCUCCAGUCGCCUACUUCCCGUACUUCGACAGAACCUACCUGGCGGUGGCAGCCUCCCUCAAUGGGGGCAAUGUGCUCGCCACGUUCGUCCAGAUGCUGGUCCAGUGGAUGGCGGAUCUCGGCAUGGAGGUUGAAGAAUCCACUGUGUAUUCACGCAUGAUCCAGGCAGCUGCAGAGCAGAGAGACACCUGCCUCACCAUCACACCAACCGUGUUGGGUGAGAGGCAUCUGCCAGACCAGCUGGCCUCCGUGACCAGGAUCUCCUCCGCGGCCCUCUCGCUGGGGCACGUGACGCGGGCGCUGUGCCGAGGCAUCGUUCAGAACCUGCACUCGAUGCUCCCGUCCCAGCAGCUGAGGGCGUGGGGCGUGGAGCGGGUGGUCAGCAGUGGGAGUGCGCUGUCCAGGAACGAGGUGCUGAAGCAGGAGGUGCAGCGGGCUUUCCCUUUCCCAGUGUCCUUUGGGCAGGAUGUGGACGCAGCCGUGGGGGCAGCACUGGUCAUGCUCCAGCGAAACCUCCACCAGGAGGAGUCUUAGUGCGCACACCCUUUGGCCAAAGCCCUGUUGCCGAUUUUAUCUAAUUAACAUUCCUGAUGUGAUCCUGGAGCCAUCCUUUUCCUGGACAGCUCUGUGGGCAACUUUUAAACAAUGUUUGUUCUCAGGCCUCCAUCCUGACCAAGGACUUUCCUCCAGGGCACACUCUACUAAUGCAGCCGGGAGUCAGCCACCAGGUCCCCAGUCAGUGCCUCUGACAGAGACUCACCUGGGAGCUGGCUGCCAAUGUAAAGGUGGAAGAAAGGAAAAGAGAUAAGUAACCCAGCUUCAUGGUCAGCGGGCUCACCUGUGAUUCACUUGUAGGCAAAGAGAAAAUAAAUGUGGCCUUCAGACACCAAA